GGCACAGUCGCGAGGAGCGCGCGCACCGCACCACGCGGCAACGAACACGAACGACCCGCGAGACAUAACACACGGCAAUUGUUUGACUAAUUAUGUGAUUUUAUAUAAGACUAUUUAAAAAUAUUUAAUCGUAAUUUAAGGAUCUCGUUUACAGUUUUACUAUAAGUUAUUAAUCGUUUAUUUAUUAAUAAGUGGGACCAAAAUGACGAUAAAAAAUAAAAAGACUAAAUCGAAAACGUCCGAGGCGUCAACCAGUGCGAGUAGUGUGCAGAAAUCCAGCUCCAGCACGUCCACGACCGUGCAGCACAGCAGCAAUACUCUGCAGAAGGUGUCUUCCGGCAAGAAAGUGCGCUACAUCCAGGUGAAGGUGGAAGAAGAAGAUCCUCUCAUGAUCACGGACAUUUCGGACAACAUGUCGCACAGCGGCUCCACCGUGUCCGAAGCUUACAACAGCCACCCUCACUACAUAAUCGCCGAAGCACCUUCCAUAACUGAUUUAUCCCAGCUGUCUCAAUCCCGCCAAGAUCACCAUGUCAGCGAUAUGGUACAGUCGACCACCGGCGAGUUUGUAUCGAGCUCCCUGCACGAGACCUCGACUUCACACCAGCAGAGCUCGACCAAUGAAACAUUCCAAUCGUCCUCAACAUCUGUGCAGCGCUCAGGAUCUAGUCACAGCCGCAGUCAACUUGAAAGCAGUAUCGACGCUACCGGCAGUCAGACUCUUAAUACCGGUUUUAUUGAUAACUCGGUUCGUGACAAUUCCGGCGUGAAUACGAAAUUUUUGUCAAGAUCUCAAGGCGCUAAUUCUACUAAUUCGUUUCUCGAGAUGGAACGUCAAGAACUUACAUCUCAGUCUUCGAAAGCGCACACUAGUGCUACCACUGAAGCUACGACGACUAGUUCAACUCAACAAUCAUCGCAACAGCAUCAACGUUCAGACCAACAUCACAAAAAUAUAACAGGAGAUAAGAUAACUGGCCAGAACUUCUCCCCUAAAGGUAAAAACAUGCAAACUAUACGAUCGGAUUCCUCAAAUUUCUAUGGAGGCGAAGGUACUCUGGACAAGAACGUCAAUACAAAACAGUACAGCAGCACGUCGCAAACCAGUGAGGCUAAAAGUAGCAAUGUGACUAAAUCAUCGUCAUCGUCUUAUGUAGUGGAAAUUGUUGACGGUAAAGAACGCAUUAUCGACAGUUCGAGCAGGGAAUGGGGUGAUGCCCAAGAGAAAGCCACCAGUGAAGCCUACGCUAGUGUAAGUGGCACUGGCAUUAAGCCUCAAUCCGUACACAGUGUGCAAAAUUAUGAUAUGAAGUCUAAAUAUGAUACUGGGAAACCAGGCCAUAAACCUUCCAGUCAAAUGAACAUUAAAGAAGAUUCAAAGCUUGUUAAAGACGGAAACCAGAUUACCACUCAUUCAAGUGAGAUUUCCGAAAAAGAUAAUGUAAAACAGCGGCAAAUUAGUUCUACGCAAGAGCAGUUGCUACCCUCUGAUCAACAAUAUAAUGCGUCAACUUCAGACACUUCAAAACAUAUCACAGAUCAACAGAGUAAAACGACCACAUCUGACACUUCAAAGCAUAUCCUUGACCAACAGAAGCAUACAACUGUAUCAGAUACAACUAGCCACAAAGUAAGUGAACAGCGUAGCGCGUCAACUUCUGAUACUACCAACAUUCAGAGGAGUAGCAAUAUUGUUGAAAACAUCAGCAAAAGUAAUGAAACUGCUAAUGAGAGAAGAAAGAACUUAAAUCAGACCGAUUCGGCCAACUUUUAUGGCUACGAUUCAACUAUUCAAAACGAAUUGCAAAAAGUUGGUGGUAUUCUGAAUGUAGGAAAUGCCGAGAAUCUUAACUUUUCUACUAAAAUUAUGAAGAGUAACACAAGCAGCGCACAACAAGCAUCUACAUCUUCAUACAGAAUUGAAAUAGUCGAUGGAAAGGAAACCGUCGUCGAUAGUUCUCACCGUGAAUGGGGCGAUAGCAAGGACCAUUCCACAUAUGAAAAGAGUCACAAUAUUAGUGGUACCGGAAUCAAACCAGAACACGAGUACCGUCGGCAUGUACUUGAUAAAGAAUCUCAUUAUGAUACAGGGAAAAAAGGAGUCCCCACAAGUUCUACUCAGAUUACAGAAGAAUCGCUUUUGGUAAAAGAUGGCCAGGAAAUAGCCUCAACAAGCAAUACUUAUGUAGGCGAUUUCACUAAGAAAAGAGCAUUAACGGAGCACACUGAUACUGAAGAUAUUUUGAAUAAGCGAAUCCAAGAUACUACUGAUAGGUCUAAUAUUACUGAUUCCACUACAUAUCAAUCAACAACAACCGAUACCCAGUCUUCAAAUGUAAACAUUAAAGAUACAACUGAUUUUGUAAACAUUGAAAAGCAAAAUUUGACUAAAGAAACUAGCUCAAAGUCUCAAACAAAGGAUACGUUGACCACUUAUGAGCAAAGUACUGGGACUUGGAAUGGAAAGUUUGUCUACGAAACCGAUGACGACAGGCCAAAAAGACCAAAAGAAAUGUCACCUUUUGGUAGACCGGAACCCAGGCACCACCUAAAGCGCCAGGAUACUGAAGAAAAUAUAAUUUUAUCUUCAAGGGAUAUCAAGGAUUUCACAUCUAUAACUGACUUAAGAAAGAUCAUUGAAUCUACACAAUCUAAGAAAGACGUAACAGUCAGUGAUAAGAGCAUUGUUAUCAAACGAAACAUAGAUGAUAGAGUUUUGAAGGACAUUCUUGAAACAGUCAAGAAAUAUCCAUUCAAAAGAAUCGAGAAAGUGACCUUUGGAACAAAAAUCAAUGAAGAUGUUAAGGAUCUUUAUGAAGGAAUAGACACCGAGGAGCAAACAACAGUCAUUAAUACCAGCAAUACUGAUGUGAUUAAGAAAUCGUUCCAAGUGGAAAAGAAAAGAAGUCAGGUCGAGGUUAUCAGAUACGUUAAUGAAAAUGGUAUCAAGACAAGGAUAGUCACUUACGAGGAUGCGAAAGAAGAUGAUAAAGUGAAAACAAAUGUAUACGUAGACAAUACUUCGUCGUUAGACGUCAAAAACUUGAGCGACGUUCGUACGACGAAAGACGUAUUGCGCGAAUACGACGUGGUAGACCAUGCCAUCACCGAAGAUGUGACCACCGUCCGCUCUGUUUACGACGAGACGGUCAACAAGAAAACAGUGCGAGACGACAAGACCACCGUCGACGAGAGGGUCAUCAUCGAGGAGACCAGGCCUCGCGGUCCCAAGAAACCUGAGAAAACUGUUGUUAAGGAGCAGUGCAUUUGCGAAAUCUGCACUUGUGGGCGUCACCGCUGCCCACACAACGAUGUCCCGGAGCCAUUGUUCGAUGUGGCGCACACGACGAGCGUGGUCUCCGCGUACAAGCAAGACUACGACGAGAAGCACAUCAGCCGCACUACGGCCGUCCACCACGAGGACCAUCUUCGCCUCGAAGGCGAUUUCCAGAAGCCCGAGCGCCCCGAAUGGCACCCCGCCGAACGACCCAAACCCACCAAACCAGAGGAUAAUCUUAGACCCGAGGGCGAUUUUGAGAAGAGGCGUCCGGAAGAAUGGCGCCCCGGCGACAGAGCUCCCGUGAAACGUCCAGAAGAUAACCUCAAACCAGAAGGUGAUUUCGAAAGGAGGCGCCCCGAGGAGUGGCGUCCAGGUGACAGAGCACCUGUUCGACGUCCCGAGGACAACCUUAAGCCCGAAGGAGACUUUGAGAAACGCCGUCCAGAUGAAUGGCAACCGGGAGACCGUGCUCCCAUCCGCAAGCCUCAAGACAACCUUCGUCCAGAAGGUGACUUUGAAAAACGUCGCCCAGAGGAAUGGAAACCCGGCGACCGAGCCCCUGUUCGUCGUCCUGAUGACAACUUGAGACCCGAAGGCGACUUUACCACUCCUGAAAAAGAACAAUGGCGUCCGGCGGAAAGGCAGACACCUAAAAAACCAGAAGACAAUUUGCGGCCUGAGGGCGAGUUCACGUCUCCCGAGAAACAGCCCUGGCAACCUGCCGACAGGCAAAAACCCAAAAAGCCAGAAGACAACCUGAGACCAGAGGGUGACUUUGAAAAACGACGACCUGAAGAGUGGCGCCCGGGAGAUAGGGCACCAGUACAUAAACCCGAGGAUAAUUUAAGACCUGAGGGAGAAUUCACUUCGCCCGAGAAAGAAACUUGGCGUCCAGCUGAGAGGCAAAAGCCCAAGAAACCAGAAGACAACUUGAAGCCUGAAGGUGACUUUGAAAAACGCAAACCCGAAGAAUGGCAGCCAGGUGACAGAGCUCCGGUGCGAAGACCAGAGGACAAUCUCAGGCCUGAAGGAGAUUUCGAAAAACGCCGACCGGAAGACUGGCAGCCAGCAGAUCGCCAAAAACCCAAGAAACCUCAAGACAACCUGAGACCCGAAGGUGAUUUUGAAACACAGAAGCCUGACGAAUGGCGCCCCGCUGAACGUCGUGAACCAACUAAGCCUAAAGAUAAUCUCAAACCUGAAGGUGAUUUCGAAAAACCGAAACAUGAUGAGUGGCGGCCGGCUGAAAGGCAGACUCCUAAGAAACCGCAAGACAAUCUCAGACCUGAAGGUGAUUUCGAAAAGAGAAGACCUGAAGAAUGGCAACCAGGUGACAGAGCACCUGUGCGAAAGCCAGAGGAUAAUUUGAGGCCUGAAGGAGAUUUUGAAAAACGCCGACCAGAAGAUUGGCAGCCAGCUGAUAGACAGAAACCUAAAAAACCCCAAGAUAACUUGAGACCCGAAGGCGAUUUCGAAACCCAAAAGCCCGAUGAAUGGCGCCCCGCUGAACGACGUGAGCCAACUAAACCGAAAGAUAAUCUAAAGCCAGAGGGUGAUUUUGAAAAACCUAAACACGACGAGUGGCGUCCAGCUGAAAGGCAGACUCUUAAGAAGCCUCAAGAUAAUCUCAGACCGGAAGGAGAUUUUGAAACCCAAAAACCAGAUCAAUGGCGUCCAGCGGAACGUAGAGAGCCUACGAAACCCAAGGACAACCUCAAACCAGAAGGAGAGUUCGAGCAGCCGAAGCAUGAUGAGUGGCGCCCAGCAGAGAGGCAGACCCCUAAAAAGCCUCAAGAUAAUCUGAAGCCUGAAGGAGACUUUGCUCAACGUCAGCCUGAAGAGUGGCGUCCGGGUGACAGAGCUCCAGUGCGCCGUCCCGAAGACAAUCUUAAGCCCGAAGGAGAAUUCACUUCUCCUGAAAAAGAACCUUGGAGACCGGCAGAAAUACAGAAACCCAAGAAACCAGAAGAUAAUCUGAAACCUGAAGGAGAAUUCACAUCUCCUAAAAAAGAUGAAUGGAGACCGGCUGAGAAAGCUGUAGUAAAGAAGCCAGAAGACAACUUACGACCAGAAGGAGACUUUACCAAGAGAACAACAGACUACACGGUUGUCACUGGUGAGAGGGCUGAAAUAAUUCGCCGCACCGAUAACAUCAUUACGGAAGGAGAGUUCACAGAUACUACUACAUCUCGCACCGAAUAUACAAUAAAACCAGUAGAAAGACCAAAGCCUGUGCGACGAAACACUUGGACAAAGAUCGAAGGAGAAAUGACCACAGAUACAACCUCAAAAUCAGAAUACAUCGACUAUACCGACAUCGUUGAAAGAACUGUUAUAGCUACGAAGAAAACUGACAAUUUAAUCCAAAAGGGUGAAAUUGAAUUUGUAACUUCCAACCAGGAGGAUUACACGCAAAAAAUGACACCGGUUGAACGUCCCCAAAGACGUCGCACAUGGACUAAAGAAGAUUUUGAAAAGUUCUAUUCAACAGAUGAAUUGCAGAAAGUUACAACCACACAGGAAGAAUAUAGGACGUACGAAGAAACUGACAUCAGACAGCAACAGAUUAUUAGGAAAGAUAACCUUCACUUGGAAGGAACAUUCGAAACUCAUACUGUGUCUCACGAUGCUUAUCAAGGCUCUGAAUUGACUGAAAGGCCAAAACAAAAGAAGCCAAUAGAUAAUCUUCGACCCGAAGGCGAAUUUGAAACUCCUAAGCAAGACAAAUGGCGUCCCGCCGAGCGACGAGAAAUUACUAAGCCAAAGGAUAACCUUAAACCAGAAGGAGAAUUUGAAUCACCCAAACGCGAGGAGUGGCGUCCUGCUGAAAGGCCAGAGGUAAAGAAGCCGAAGGACAACCUGAGACCAGAAGGCGAUUUUGAUAAACCAAAACCUGAAGAAUGGCGGCCCGCCGAACGCCAAACUCCUAAAAAACCACAAGACAAUCUGCGACCCGAAGGUGAUUUUCAAACCCAAAAGCCGGAUGAAUGGCGGCCCGCUGAACGCCGUGAGCCGACUAAGCCUAAGGAUAACUUGAAACCAGAGGGUGAAUUUGAAAAACCGAAGCACGACGAAUGGCGUCCGGCAGAGCGACAAACUCCAAAGAAACCACAAGACAAUUUAAAACCUGAAGGUGAUUUUGAAUCUCCUCGGCACGAGGAAUGGCGUCCAGCGGAGAGACCAGAAGUCAAAAAGCCAAAGGAUAAUCUAAGGCCUGAGGGUGAAUUUGAAAAACCUAAGCAUGAUGAAUGGCGUCCGGCUGAACGACAAAUUCCUAAGAAGCCUCAAGAUAAUUUGAGACCUGAAGGCGAUUUUGAAACUCAAAAACCAGAUCAAUGGCGUCCAGCGGAACGCAGAGAACCUAACAAACCAAAGGACAACCUCAAACCAGAAGGUGAGUUCGAGCAGCCGAAGCACGAGGAGUGGCGCCCAGCCGAACGCCAAACACCGAAAAAGCCUCAAGACAAUCUGCGUCCUGAAGGUGAUUUUGAGACUCAGAAGCCCGAUAAAUGGCGCCCCGCCGAACGUCGUGAGCCGACUAAGCCCAGGGACAAUUUAAAACCAGAAGGUGAAUUUGAGAAGCCAAAACAUGACGAGUGGCGGCCAGCCGAGAGACAAACUCCUAAAAAGCCUCAAGAUAAUCUAAAGCCUGAAGGUGAAUUUGAGUCACCAAAGCCUGAGGAAUGGCGCCCAGCGGAAAGGCCUGAAGUUAAAAAGCCAAAAGAUAAUCUUAAACCCGAAGGUGACUUCGAGACGCAAAAGCCUGACCAAUGGCGUCCUGCUGAACGUCGUGAACCAACAAAGCCCAAGGAUAAUCUGAAGCCCGAAGGAGACUUUGAGACUCAGAAGCCUGAAGAAUGGCGUCCCGCUGAACGCCGUGAGCCGAAUAAGCCUAAAGACAACCUAAAAUCAGAGGGUGAAUUUGAGAAACCUAAGCACGACGAAUGGCGUCCAGCAGAACGACAAACUCCUAAAAAGCCUCAAGAUAAUCUAAAGCCUGAAGGUGAAUUUGAGUCACCAAAGCCUGAGGAAUGGCGCCCAGCGGAAAGGCCUGAAGUUAAAAAGCCAAAAGAUAAUCUUAAACCCGAAGGUGACUUUGAGACGCAAAAGCCUGACCAAUGGCGUCCUGCUGAACGUCGUGAACCAACAAAGCCCAAGGAUAAUCUGAAGCCCGAAGGAGACUUUGAGACUCAGAAGCCUGAAGAAUGGCGUCCCGCUGAACGCCGUGAGCCGAAUAAGCCUAAAGACAACCUAAAACCAGAGGGUGAAUUUGAGAAACCUAAGCACGACGAAUGGCGUCCAGCAGAACGACAAACUCCUAAGAAACCGCAAGAUAAUUUAAGACCGGAAGGUGAAUUUGAGUCUCCGAAGCACGAAGAGUGGCGUCCUGCCGAGCGACCGGAAGUGAAAAAGCCAAAGGACAACUUAAGACCUGAAGGGGAAUUUGAAAAACCCAAGCAUGACGAAUGGCGUCCGGCUGAGAGACAGACUCCUAAGAAACCUCAAGAUAAUCUCAAACCGGAAGGAGAUUUUGAAACCCAAAAACCAGAUCAAUGGCGUCCAGCGGAACGUAGGGAGCCUACCAAACCCAAGGAUAACCUUAAACCAGAAGGAGAAUUCGAACAACCGACACAUGAGGAAUGGCGACCAGCAGAAAGGCAAACUCCUAAAAGGCCACAAGAUAAUCUGCGACCUGAAGGCGACUUUGAGUCUCAGAAACCUGACCAAUGGCGUCCUGCCGAACGUCGUGAACCUACUAAACCUAAAGAUAACCUUAAGCCUGAGGGUGAUUUUGAGACCCAGAAGCCACAUGAAUGGCGCCCUGCAGAACGCCGAGAACCAACCAAGCCCAAAGACAAUCUGAAACCCGAGGGUGAAUUCGAAAAACCCAAACAUGAUGAGUGGCGUCCUGCCGAGAGACAAACGCCUAAGAGACCUCAAGACAACCUAAAACCAGAGGGUGAAUUUGAACAGCCAAAACACGACAAAUGGCAGCCCGCAGAACGUCCGGAGGUGAAAAAACCGAAAGACAACCUUAAGCCUGAGGGAGAUUUCGAAACACAGAAGCCAGAGCAAUGGCGUCCUGCUGAACGUCGUGAGCCGACGAAGCCAAAAGAUAAUUUGAAACCUGAAGGUGAAUUUGAGAAACCUAAACAUGACGAAUGGCGCCCAGCGGAGCGUCAAACUCCUAAGAAACCGCAAGAUAAUUUAAGACCAGAGGGUGAAUUUGAAUCUCCAAGGCAUGAGGAAUGGCGCCCUGCGGAAAGGCCUGAAGUCAGGAAGCCCAAGGAUAACCUCAAACCCGAAGGUGACUUUGAGACACAAAAGCCCGAUCAGUGGCGUCCCGCUGAACGUCGUGAGCCGACUAAACCCAAGGAUAAUCUGAAACCGGAGGGUGAGUUUGAAAAACCCAAGCAUGACGAAUGGCGCCCUGCUGAGAGACAGACACCUAAAAAGCCUCAAGAUAAUCUCAAGUCUGAAGGUGAGUUUGAGUCACCAAAACCUGAGCAGUGGCGCCCUGCGGAAAGGCCUGAAGUCAGGAAGCCAAAAGAUAACCUCAAACCCGAAGGUGACUUUGAAACACAAAAGCCUGAGCAAUGGCGCCCCGCUGAACGUCGUGAGCCGACUAAACCUAAGGACAAUCUAAAACCAGAGGGUGAAUUUGAAAAACCCAAGCACGAUGAGUGGCGUCCGGCGGAGAGACAAACUCCUAAGAAACCUCAAGACAAUCUUAAGCCAGAGGGUGAAUUUGAGCAGCCAAAACACGACAAAUGGCUGCCCGCAGAACGUCCGGAGGUUAAGAAACCGAAAGACAACUUGAAGCCGGAAGGAGAUUUUGAGACCCAGAAGCCAGAUGAGUGGCGCCCUGCAGAACGCCGAGAACCAACUAAGCCCAAAGAUAACCUGAAACCAGAGGGUGAAUUCGAAAAACCUAAACACGAUGAAUGGCGUCCAGCUGAUCGUCAGACACCUAAGAAACCACAGGAUAACCUCCGACCAGAAGGCGAUUUCGAAAAGCCAAAACAUGACGAAUGGCGUCCAGCUGAAAGACCUGAAGUGAAGAAACCUAAAGACAAUUUGAAACCUGAAGGAGAAUUCGAAAAGCCCAAACAUGAUGAAUGGCGUCCGGCUGAACGGCAAACACCUAAGAAGCCUCAGGACAAUCUCCGACCUGAAGGUGAAUUUGAAAAACCUAAGCACGACGAGUGGCGUCCGGCCGAAAGGCAAACACCUAAGAAACCUCAGGAUAAUCUGCAUCCGGAAGGUGAAUUCCAAAAACCGAAACAGGAUGAGUGGAAGCCUGCUGAACGGCAAACACCUAAAAAACCACAAGACAAUCUCCGUCCAGAGGGCGAAUUCGAGACUCCCAAACAGGAUAAAUGGCGCCCAGCAGAAAGACCAGAAGUCAAAAAGCCGAAAGAUAACUUGAAACCUGAAGGAGAGUUUGAAAAACCAAAACACGAUGAUUGGAAGCCUGCAGAACGACAAACUCCUAAAAAGCCUAAAGACAAUCUUAAGCCUGAAGGUAAAUUUGACAGACCAGAGAAACCAACACCGUUGCCUGCCGGCGAAAGGCCAGUUCAAAAGAAACCUGAAGAUAACUUGAAGCCCGAAGGCGAUAUGGAAGUUGUGCGUCGAACUGAUUACAUAGCAACUCGAGGAGACCGCGUAGACAUAGUCAAGCACGAAGACCAUCUUAAAAUGGAAGGAAAGAUUGACGUUCAUCGUUCUCGGGAUGACUAUAAGCGAAUUGAAAAAACAGAAAAAGUGAUGAUCACGAAACAUGAAGAUAAUUUGAGAACUGAAGGAGAGUUUAUCGACCUGCAAGUCCGAAAUGAUUACUCUGCAACCAAGGGGGAAAGGGCUACCGUGGUCAAACCUCAAGACAAUUUGAAACCUGAUGGUAAAUUUUACAGACCUGAAGCUGUUCCUUCUCAACCCGCUGAGAAGCGUAAACCUUUUAAAUAUGUUGACAAUAUUACUAUUGAGAAAGACACUGAUAUCAGACGAAAUCAACACCUAGAGCGAGUUGAUAUAAUUAGACGUGAGGACAACUUAAAAAUAGAAGGUGAAUUCGUUGACCUGAAACAGAAAAAUGACUACACAGUCGUAACAGGUGAACGUGCUGCCAUUGUAAAACAUGAAGAUAACUUGAAGAUGGAGGGAAAAAUGGAAAAUAUCCGAUCUUCAGAUACUUAUCGUGUGGUUAAAGGACAAAGAGUCAAGUUGACUCGCAGAGAAGAUAACCUUAAAAUUGAAGGAGUAUUUGAAGAUCAUGUUCGUAGAAAUGAUUACAGUGUAACAAAAGGGGAAAGAUCAGCUAUUAUUUACCAUCCGGAUAACUUGAAACCUGAAGGUCAAUUCGAAAAGAGACCUGUAGAAGAACCAGUUACUGGAGAAAAAAGAACACCGAUAAAGGGCACAGAUAAUUUAAAACCAGAGGGUGAUUUUGAUAGACCUACAAAACCAAAAUGGGAAUCUGCAGAAAGACCGGAUGUAGUCAAACCGCGUGAUAAUUUACAUCCUGACGGUGAAUUUGACAGACCGGCGAAGACGAAAUGGGUUCCAGGCGAAAGACCAGGCCAAGUUAGACCAGUGGAUAAUUUGCACCCUGACGGAGAAUUCCAAGAUAGGCCUAAGGAACGCUGGCAACCUGGAGAAACCCCUUCACAGGUACGACCAAAAGAUAACUUGAAGCCAGAAGGUGACUUUGAUCGUCCUGAGCGACCAAAAUGGCAAAAGGGUGAUAGGCCCGAGCAAGUCAGACCGACCGAUAACCUGCAUCCUGAAGGCAAAUUCCAAGACAAGCCUAAGGAACGUUGGCAACCCGGGGAAACUCCAUCACAAGUCCGUCCGAAGGACAAUUUGAAACCGGAAGGAGACUUUGACCGCCCCGAUCGCCCAAAAUGGCAAAAAGGUGAGAGACCAGACCAGGUUAGGCCAACAGACAAUCUGCAUCCGGAAGGCAAGUUCCAAGAUAAACCCAAGGAAACCUGGCAACCCGGAGAAACUCCAUCACAAGUUCGCCCAAAGGACAACUUAAGACCUGAGGGUGACUUCGAUCGCCCAGAACGAUCUAAAUGGCAAACUGGAGAUCGGCCUAGUGCUGUCAAGCCAAGAGACAACUUAUACCCAGAAGGUUCCCAUUCACCAACAACCGUAGAUAGAACCAGCUCUAAACAAACAAACGAGUUCGCAAGAAAAACAACAGAAUCAGAGACUAUUACUGGCCAAGAUAUUAGGAGCAUCGAUUCCAAACGUACGAAUAUUGUCAAACAUGACACUUCAACACUCCGGGACGAUACAAUGCAUGCUACACAUUCAGAAUCACAUCUGCAAAAAUCAAGCUCUCAUAGUGAACACUCAACCGUUAGAAAUAUUCAAUCUGGAAAGCACGUGACGCAUUCGACAGUUACUUCACAAAAUGUAAUAGACCGCACGGAUUCACAAAACAAUGUCGAUAAAACUGGGAAAGACUCAGAUCGUUCUGUUAUUAAACAUGUGGACAAAAAUACGGUCAAUAAGCAUGAUUCUAAGAAUAUUAAAAACGUCCAAUCUUCGACCUCGUCGACUACAAAGACAAUGAAACAAGUUACAGAAAAGAAGCUUGUGGGCGGAAAAUGGGUUACUGUAACGAGAAAUGUAGAGACGAAUAUUUCAACUAGCGGAGCUGGUGACCGACCCUCUGGCAAGAAGCCACAAGAUAAUUUGCAUUUAGAUGGUGAUUUUGAAGGACGUCCUAAGACUAAGUGGCAACCAGGAGAGACUCCAGCUCAAGUUCGUCCAAAAGAUAAUUUAAAACCUGAAGGUGAAUUUGACCGACCGGCAAAGUCAGAAUGGCAAGCAAGCGAAAGACCAAGUCCAAUUAGACCAAAAAAUAAUUUACACUCUGAAGGUGAAAAGUACACAAACGGCCAUAUUGUACACGAAGACACUAUGAAAAUACAAUCACAAGAUAUAUCUAAGAAAACAACUGAUAGUAGGUCCCAGGUGGGUCGCGACGAUUCUAACAUCCAGUCAAGAGAUUCACGGGUACAAACUACGACGAGCUUAUCAGAUCACCACGAUGGAAGGAAACAGACUAUGCACACUGAAUCUCAUACUACCAUUCAUAGCGGUGUCCAAAGUUCUACAACUAAACAUUCAACAUCUGGUUCCCAAAUAACACACGCUACUGUUACUUCUCAGGGUACUGAUCGUACUGGAUCACAGCGCAAUAUCAGUAAAACUUCACAAGAUAUCACGGAAAAAUCUUCAUCUCGAAGUGUUACUGAUAAAAAUAAAAUAUUACAAGAUUCACGAAACGUCAAAAAUGUAUCAUCUUCAAUCAAUAAAACCAUGAAGCAAGUAUCUGAGAAGAAACUGGUAGCAGGAAAAUGGAUCACCGUUACUCGCAAUGUAGAAGUUAAUACAGCUACACAUGGAGGUGAUACAAACAAUCUUAAAUCUGUUCAGGAUAAAGGGAGUGUUGAUAGACAGACUCGUGGGGAUUCUAGUCAAAGAAUUGUAUCAUCGGACGAAUCGGCCAUAUCUUCCUCUUCACAACAGCGCACAUCAGUGAAUACUCACACUCAACGCAACUCUUCCAAUAUCAUACAUAGUGGAAGCCACUUAGAGGAGCAUAGCUCUAGAUCAACUCAACAGACGCAUGUCGCUGGCAGGAAUCAACUGAGCGACAGCGUAGCCAGAACCAGUAUAGAGUUCCAAAAAGCCAUGCAUGGGGGUGAUUCUUCAACAACCGUCAUUGACAAUUCCAGUCGUUCUGGGCAUCACAAGAGGACAUCUGAUCUAGUUACCGACGCAUCCAACACCGUUCUUCAUCGCAAAGGAAUCUCCUCGGCCACUGAAGCCCAACAUUCUAUAAGUUCAACGGCAUCCGCACAGCGUAAGAGCAUCGGAAAUCUAAACGAUCGAGGAGAGUACAUCAGUAACUCGUCCCACAGCACUGAUAGAAAGAGCAUCAGUUCCAUGCACCGUUCGGCUCGCGAUAAUAUGGGUGUUAUUUCGCAGCACUCAGAUAGGCAGCAAAGCAAACGCGACGGCCAGUCGACAUUGGUUAUCGAGCGGCAGCCAAAAGUAGUUGUACGAGAUAAUAUACAAGUCGGCGGGGAGUUCUACGGGCGUUCCGAAGCUAAUUCCUACGGUAGUUUUUCACGGUCGGAGAACUCGCAGAAAGUGCAACGCAACGAGCGCACGGAGCGCACGGAGCGGGUGGUGCGCCACGGGCACACGUCGCACUUCGUGCUGGGCGGUGACAGCACCAGCUACAAGCAGGAGUUCACAUCGCACGUGCACGGCCCGUGCCCCGCCACGCUCAUCGAAGCCCCGCGCACUCCAUUUAAACACACUCGCGAUUCACGUGAACAUAAAUUUUAUGCCUCAAAAGUUACGCGAUAAAUACUAAAAUCUAUGAUGUACCCUGCUGGUUUUUGAACCUUCGUUCAUUCCUUUUGAAUGUGCCUUACUAGAGCUUGUUUAUUUAAAAUAUUAAAUUAAAGCAUAAUAUAUAAUUACUUUUAAAACGCAAUCUAACAUUGCUAGUCUUAUACAAUUAACAUGCCCAUUUUUUUUAAGGAUUAUAAAUGUAACCAUUAACAUGUUGAAGUAGGUAUACCUAUACAAAGCAAAUCAUUUAUUAUUAUUUUACAAUUAUAAUGUCAAACAUUGCCAUGUAAUAAAUUUUAUAUUAAAA